AUUCCCGGGCUUGGCAGUGCUGUUUUUUCGUUCUUUGUGAAACCGGGUCGGUGGUGAGAUCGGGAUGGGGAGUAGGUUCUCGCCCCCUUGGACGGGGAGCCGGAGACGGAUUAUUCUCUGCGGGGCAACACCAACAAUUUUCCUUCGAUGUAACUAACUCUUCGCGCAUGCUCACUGUCUCCGGUUGGGUGGUGUUUUCCUUUCUGCUCAGUACUGAAGCGGAUUGUCUGCGGGAUUGGGAAAGGGUCCUCCCCUCCUAGGUCAGGAAGCCCGGGAUCAGAUCACAGUCUGCGGGCCGAAGAUAUCGUUUUCCCAUCAUUAGACAUGCGGUGAGAAGUUUAUUUGAAGAAAAACCCCCACUGGAAGCAAACCACAGCUGAAGACUAGGGAACAGCAACAAGUGAAUUGGCCCGAGGACUGAGAACAGCAACUGGAGAGAACAACUUUUCAUCAAGAGACUCAGAUUUCCCAGUGAUUCAGUCAGGAGAAAGUUUGGUCUGAAAUGGCUAACACGAGUGGACAUUAGUUUUAAGGUGCUUGGAAAUAGAUACCGAGGGGAUGUCAGAGGUUACAAAUGACAAGAAAUUUGUCUACUGAAAUCUCAAAUACAGUUUUGCUGUCUCUGUCCAGAUAUUUAAGAAAUGGAGCAAGGGAUUCACUCGAUCAUCCUUUCUGCUCAAACUGUGGGGAGGGAUUCACUCUGUCAUCUGACUUACUGGCAUGUCCAUCAUUCUAAUCAGGGGGGAAACCAUUCAUCUGCUCAGACAGUGGGAAUGGAUUCAGUCAGUCAUUUCAACUGAAUGUAUGUCAGCAAGUUUACACUGGCAAGGCCAUUCACCUGUGCUGUGUGUGAGAAGGGAUUCAGUCAGUCUUCCCACCUGUGGACACUCCAGUCAGUUCACACUGGGCAGAGGCUGGUCAUCUGUUGAAUUUGUGGGGGAAGGAUUCACUCGGUCAUCUGUCCUAAUGGCUCACAAGCGAGUUCUCACCAGGGAGCGGCCGUUUACCUGUUCGGACUGUGGGAAGGGAUUCACUCAGUCAUCUGAACUGAAGGUACAUCAGAGAGUUCACACUGGGGAGAGGCCAUUCACCUGCUCAGUCUGUGGGAAGGGAUUCACCACAUCAUCUCACCUACUGAUUCACCAGUCAGUUCACACUGCAGUGAGAGAUUUCACCUGCUCAGUCUGUGGGAAGACAUUCACUCGGUCAUCUAACCUACAGAGACACCAGCAAGUUCACACUGGAGAGAAGCUGUUCACCUGCUCAGACUGUGGGAAGGGAUUCACUCGAUCAUUCAACCUACAGAGUCACCAGCGAGUUCACACUGGGGAAUGGCUGUUCACUUGCUCAGACUGUGGGAAGGGAUUCACUCAGGCAUCUCACCUACAGAGACACCAGUCAGUUCACACUGGGGAGAAGCCAUUCACCUGCUCAUUCUGUGGAAAGACAUUCACUCAGUCAUCCAACCUACAGACACACCAGCGAGUUCACACUGGGGAGAAGCCGUUCACUUGCUCAGACUGUGGAAAGGGAUUCACACAGUUAGGUAGCCUACAAGCACACCAGUUAGUUCACACUGGGGAGCGGCCGUUCACCUGCUCAGACUGUGGGAAGCGAUUCACCACAUCAUCUCACCUGGUGACUCACCAGUCAGUUCACACUGCAGUGAGGGAUUACAUCUGUUCAGUCUGUGGGAAGAGAUUCACUCAGUCAUCUAACCUACAGAGACACCAGCAAGUUCACACUGGGGAGAAGCUGUUCACCUGCCCAGACUGUGGGAAAGGAUUCACUCGAUCAUUCAACCUACAGAGUCACCAGCGAGUUCACACGGGGGAGAGGCUGUUCACCUGCUCAGACUGUGGGAAGGGAUUCACUCAGGCAUCACACCUACGGAGACACCAGUCAGUUCACACUGGGGAGAAGCCAUUCACCUGCUCAGUCUGUGGAAAGACAUUCACUCAGUCAUCCAACCUACAGACACACCAGCGAGUUCACACUGGGAAGAGGCCAUUCACCUGCUCAGACUGUGGGAAGGGAUUCACCACAUCAUCUCACCUAGUGACACACCAGUCAGUUCACACUGCAGAGAGGGAUUUCACCCUCUCAGAUAGUGAGAAGGGAUUCACUCAGUCAUCUGAUCUGCAGGCACACCAGUGAGAUCCACUGGGGAAAGGCCGUCGACCUGUGAAUGUGGGAAGGCUUUCACACGAUCAUCUCAUCUAUUAGAACACCAGCGAGUUCACACCACUGAUCGUCUGCUCAGACUUUGGGGAGAGAUUCUCUCAACCGUCUCCACCAAGGCUGCAUCAUUAUGUUCCACUGGGGAGGGGCCAUUCACCUGUUGUGAAUAUGGGAAGGGAUUCACUCAAUAAUCUAACCUUGUAACACAUGACCGGGUUCACAUUGGGGAGAAAGUUUCAAUAAGCUGCAGGCUGAAUGCAUCCCCAUUGCUGAAUGCAAUUUCGAGAGUGACUGGGGGAGUCUAGUACAAGAGGGCAUGACUUGUGGUUUGCAGGGGACCCAUUCAGAACAGAGAAUCAGAGAAUUUUUUUUGUCAGAGGGUGAUGGAUCUGUGGAAUUUGUUGCCACGGGCAGCAGUGGAGGCCAAGUCAUUGGAUGUGUUUAAUGCAGAGAUUGAUAGGUAUCUGAGUAGUCAGGGCAUCCAAGGUUAUGGUGAGAAGGUGGGGGAAUGGGACUGAAGGGCAGAUUGGAUCCACUCAUGAUGAAAUUGUGCAGCAGACUCGAUGGGCCGAAUGGCCAACUCUGCUCCUUUGUCUUAUGGUCUUAUGUGAUUAUUUUUUCUCAUGUGCGUUAUUCCUCUUCCUCCUUCUGUCCAAGGAAGUGUUAAUCUAGGUGGGUUUGAGUGUAAGUAGUCUUUUCUAAACUUGUCAUUUCUGUUCUUACUUAUCUUUGUAAAAUUUACUGAUUGAAAUGGGACUAAGAUAUUUUCAUUAAAAAAAGUCAAUGUCGGUAUUGAUGGAAGUGUUUAUUGCCUUUGUUGUAUUUGUUGAGCAUAGAGCUCUGUUCCACAGUUUUUUAAAGCCUUGAAAUAAAUUUUGUCAAAGGUUUUCCCAAUAUUGCACUACA